GUGUGUGUGUGUGUGUGUGUGUGUGUGUGUAUGGUAGAGGGCGGUAACCACUGCAGUCCUACUACAGCAGUGUGUCCCCUCCAGGCCUCAGAUACCGUCAGUGUUACUUGCGUUACCGCAGGAAGAAGUCGUUGUACAUUUUAUUUUUUAGUUUUCUGUGUGUGUGUGUGUGUGUGUGGGGGGGGGGGGGGGGACGAACAUGGCGGCCCCACCGAAACGGCAGGACACUCGCAAAUUUAUAGAGAACCUGUCCGGCGCUGGGAAAUCCAUCGCAGUGCUGACGAGUGGAGGAGAUGCCCAAGGCAUGAAUGCGGCGGUCCGGGCCGUCGUCCGGAUGGGCAUCUACGUGGAAGCCAAGGUCUACUUCAUCCACGAGGGGUACCAGGGGAUGGUGGACGGAGGAGACAACAUCAAGGAGGCGACGUGGGAAAGCGUCUCCAGCAUGUUGCAAGUGGGUGGCACAGUCAUCGGCAGCGCCCGCUGCAAAGAGUUUCGUUCCCGCGGCGGCCGCUUGAAAGCCGCGCACAACCUGGUGCAGCACAGCAUCACCAACCUGUGUGUGAUCGGAGGAGACGGCAGCCUGACCGGAGCCAACCUGUUCAGGGAGGAGUGGAGCGGUCUGCUGGACGAGCUGGUCCAACAAGGUCUGAUCGAUAAGGAGGCGGCCCGCAGUAACUCGGAACUCCACAUCGUCGGCAUGGUCGGCUCCAUCGACAACGACUUCUGCGGCACCGACAUGACCAUCGGCACCGACUCGGCGCUGCACAGGAUCAUCGAGGUGGUGGACGCCAUCAUGACCACGGCUCAGAGCCACCAGAGGACAUUUGUGCUGGAGGUCAUGGGCAGACACUGCGGAUACCUGGCCCUGGUCAGCGGUCUGGCAUGCGGAGCGGACUGGGUUUUUAUCCCUGAAAUGCCUCCUGAAGACGGCUGGGAGGACAACAUGUGUCAGAAACUGUCUGAGAGUCGAUCUCGAGGUUCCAGGUUGAACAUAAUCAUAGUUGCUGAAGGAGCCGUUGACAGACAAGGACAACCCAUUACCAGUGGUUUAGUGAAGGACCUGGUUGUACGCUGCCUGGGCCUUGACACCCGGGUCACCAUCCUGGGCCACGUACAGAGAGGCGGGACCCCCUCUGCCUUUGACCGGAUCCUGGCCAGUCGUAUGGGCGUGGAGGCGGUGCUGGCGUUACUGGAGGUCUCUGCCACCACCCCGGCCUGCGUUGUGUCUCUGGUUGGCAACCAGGCAGUUCGACUUCCACUUAUGGAGUGUGUUCAUUUGACUCAGGAGGUGCAGAAGGCCAUGGAUGAGAAGAAGUUUGAAGAGGCAGUGAGACUGCGUGGCAGUAGCUUUGAAAACAACCUGAGCACCUACCGACUCCUCUCCUACCGGAAACCAGAUUCUGAGCUUCCAACUAGCUCCUUUAACGUGGCCGUGCUAAACGUCGGCGCCCCGGCAGCCGGUAUGAACGCCGCCGUGCGCGCUGCUGUCAGAGUGGGGAUCACUGAAGGCCACAAAAUGUUUGCGGUCAGCGACGGCUUCGAGGGUUUCUCCAAGGGACAGAUCAAGGAGAUCAAAUGGGGAGAUGUCGGUGGUUGGACCGGCCAAGGAGGCUCCCUGCUGGGGACUAAACGAACUCUUCCAGGGAAACAUCUGGACAAGAUAGCGGAGCAGAUUAAGCUCCAUAACAUCAACGCUCUGCUGGUCAUCGGAGGAUUUGAGGCCUACGUGGGAUUGCUGGAGCUCUCUGCUGCGCGGGACCAACAUCCCGAGCUCUGCGUGCCCAUGGUUAUGGUCCCCGCCACCGUCUCCAACAACAUACCCGGUUCAGACCUCUGCAUCGGCUCAGACACCGCUCUGAAUGCCAUCACUGAUACAUGUGAUCGCAUCAAGCAGUCGGCCAGCGGCACCAAGCGGCGGGUCUUCAUCAUCGAGACCAUGGGGGGCUACUGCGGCUACCUGGCCACCGUGGGCGGCCUGGCUGCAGGCGCCGACACCGUCUACAUCUACGAGGAGCCGUUUGACAUCCGGGACCUGCAGGCCAACGUGGAGCAUCUGACGCAGAAGAUGAAGACGAGCAUCCAGAGAGGCUUAGUGCUCAGAAAUGAGAACUCCAACGAGAACUUCACCACUGACUUCAUCUACCAGCUGUACACUGAGGAGGGACGAGGAGUGUUCGACUGUAGGAAGAACAUCCUCGGUCACAUGCAGCAGGGCGGAGCUCCAUCACCAUUUGAUAGAAACUUUGGCACCAAAGUCGCUGCUAAAGCCAUUCAGUGGAUCACACAGACGCUCAAGGACUCUUACAAAGGAGGGCGAGUGUUUACUAACUCGGAGGACACCGCCUGCCUGUUGGGGAUGCGUCGCAGAGCUCUGGUCUUUCAGCCGGUGUCACAACUCCGGGACGAGUCUGACUUUGUCCACAGGAUCCCUAAAGAGCAGUGGUGGCUGAAGCUCCGCCCACUGAUGAAAAUCCUGGCCAAGUACAAGACCAGCUACGACGUGUCCGACUCCGGCCAGCUGGAACACGUGACCCGCGUGCGACCCAAAGACGCCGACGCCUCGGCGGCCAUCUGAGCCACGGCCCCCCCCCCCCGCUGCUGCCGGAGGAGGAGAGCUUCAACCCAACAAGCAGACAUCUGUGACCGCUACUUACACAAUCACCAAUCGACGCGCUGAUUGACUGCAAAUACAUUAAAGUAGAUUUAUCAAAGUUGUGUUGUACGGUGAAGUCGUGGGACUUAUCAGAAGGGAUCUUCUAUUGUAUUAAGAUAACGACGGGGAAGAGUUAGAUAUCGACAGAUUAUGUUUGAGGGUGAAUAGAGCUCAACAAGCAAUCAGAGCUGAUAUUGUAUUUUCCAGAUUCCUAAUCAAAGUUAUUAUAACCUUAAAUAUAUAUUGCCCUCCUUACUAUGUACUGAAUAGGUUUCAAGUUAUUGUCCUGAAACUGUAGCUGUAUCAAAAUUAAUUUUUAACCACCAAGUUGACUGAACACCCACGUGGUGUAGCUGCAGCGAGGCUGAGCCGGGUGAUGUCCAGCUGCUGUUAUGUGUUAUUAUUUCCUACAGCACUUUGAGCCCUUUAAUCAAUGUAAACCCAUGAAGCUGCUUUUAAAGAGAGAAUAUAUACACAAGGAGGAUCACACGGUGUCGAUCUAACGCCUGUUCACAUCUUGAAAAACGUGUCUAACAACUUAAUUGUAAAAUGAAAUGUGACCUACAGGAGGUGUAGUGGGCUGAGCUGGUCGUGUGUCCUAUCACCUGCUAACUGUGUGUGUGUGUGUGUGUGUGUGUGUGUGUGUCCUAUCACCUGCUAACUGUGUGUGGCGUUGCCUUAUCCGUCUGUAUCCGCCAUGGGCUUUGUUUGUGGCAUCUUUAUAGAUAGGGUUAUGGAGUAGGGUCCUGUUGCUGUAGUUUGGCCGUGGAGUGGAGAAUGUCUAACGACGUGUACGCAACAUUAACUCAAUGUGCUGGAAGUGUGAUGUGUGUGUGUGUGUCCUGUCACAGCGUAAUAAAGCAUUUAUCGUGUGGAAAGUUAUGAAAUUGUUUGUCAGUAACUUCUAUUGAUUGAUAAAUGAAAAAUGUCAUCAUAUGGUUUGUUGAAAUAAGUCAUAGUAUAGCAUAUUGAAAGGAUUGAGUUAAUAUGUCAUGUCAAAAUCAGAACCAGAAUCAGAUAUGGUUUAUUGCAAAGCAUUUUUGAACAUACAAGGAAUUUUCCAUGGGGAUUGGUACUUAACAAUAUACACAUUACAAUAGUAUGAAGACAUAAACAAAAACAUUACAUUUUUCAAUAGAACAUGAACAAUAUACAAGGAUGUUUAAAAAAAAAACACCGUUUGAUGAGCCUGGCUGCAGUCGGGAUGAAACCGUUGUUUUCCUUGAGGUGUUUCAUACAGAUUUUGUCCGGGGUGAGAGGGGUCAGUCACAAUGCUUCUUGCCUGCCUCAGGGUCCUGGAGGCUGUGACCAGAUGGUGAUGAAGGAGGUGAGGAUGGACUCUGUGUAGAAGUGCACCGUCAUCGUCUUUGGCAGGUUGAACGUCUUCAGCUGCCGGAGAAUGUGCAUCCUCUGCUGAGCCUUCUUGAUGGUGGAGAAUGUUCUGCUCCCAUUUGAUGUCCUGGUGAUGAUUGUUCCCGAAGAACUCCACGAAGCCAACCAUGGACUCACACAGUGGGAUACGGGCAGGCUGGGCUGGGUACUUGCAGAAAUCCACAACCAUCUCUACAGUCUUUAGUGUUGAGCUCAUCAAUGACAUAGUAUAACAUGUCGAAGGAAGUCAGUAAAAACUCAUAGCAUGUCGAAAAAAAAAUCAACAUAGAAUAGUAUGUUGAAAAAAGUCAGACUUUAGCAUGUCAAAAGAAUCACAAAAAGGUCCUAGUGUAUGUCGAAAUAAAUCACGAAAAAAGUCAGUAUAGCAUGCCAAAAAUAGUCGCUAAAAAGGUCAUAGUAUAGCAUGCCAAAAAUAGUCACUAAAAGGUCACAGUAUAGCAUGCC